AUGUCACACUCUGUUGCCUCCCUUCUGACUGCCGUGAAUGGAGCUUCCAUCCCCCUCAAUGGUGAAUUUGAGAUUCUGACACAUUAUGUCAUCACGUUCUUGGUAUUAUCAGGUGUUUCCUACUACGCCAGUUCCUUGGUCGUACGGCCCAACCACUAUGAAGAGCUGAUCCAUCGGGGAUGGCGACGGUCGGGCAAGCUCUACUACAAGCAGAACCUGCAAAGAUCAUGCUGUCCGCACUACACUAUGAGACUCGAGGCCAAUGCCUAUCAACCUCGCCGGGACCAACGCAAAGCGAUCAAUCGUUGGAACAAGUUCAUCUUGGGCCCAGAGUAUCUCCGUAAAGUUGCCCGCCUCUCCCCAUGGACGAGAGAAGAAAAGCGCCAUCGAAAGACCCAUUUUGACCUCCAAUCGGCGGUCCAUGAGUCAGAGUACAACAAAAUCAAGCGCCCUAUAGAUCCAAUUACCAACCGUCCACUCGAGCCGGCGCACAAGUUCGAGGUGAACUUGGAAGGCGACUCAGUCUCCCAGGCGAAAUUCGACUUGUUUGUAAAGUAUCAGACCAAGGUCCACAAAGAAGAUGUCUCACGCUGGAAGACCAAGGACUUUGAGGGUUUCCUGUGCUCCGGCAUCAAGCGGUCCCCCCAGACCGUCACCAAAGCCAACGCCACCGAAAAGAAGCUAGGAUCUUGGCAUCAGUGCUAUCGUUUGGAUGGGAAGCUGAUUGCGGUGGCGGUGCUUGACCUGGUUCCCACCGGCGUAAGCUCAGUCUACAUCUUCUAUGACCCGGACUUUGAACAUUGGGAGUUUGGGAAACUGAGCGCAAUGCGGGAGAUUGCCUAUGCCCAGGCAAACGAUUAUGCGUAUUACUACAUGGGCUUCUAUAUCCACAACUGCGUAAAGAUGCGAUACAAGGGCAAUUUUCGACCGCAAUACAUUCUAGAUCCCGAGUCAUACGAAUGGGAUCCGCUCGACGGCGCGCUCUCGGACAAGCUUAAUUCCCAACCCUAUGUCUCCAUGUCAAGAGAACGAGCCCCGCAGCAAUCUCGUCCUUUUCCAGAUCUUGACCCCGAUGUGGACGAAACCGAGAUUUCCCUCUUCGACCUCAAUAUGCCGGGGGUCCUGACGCUGGAUGAAGUCAAGGCACUGAAUUUGAAUCAAUGGUUACUGCUGUAUCAUGGAUCAUUUGUGCAAAUGGAGGAUCUCGUCGGCUGGGAUCAAAUGCCAAUGGAUAACCCGCAGUCUGUAAAGGGUAUUGUUGCCGAACUCGCCGCAGUGCUCGGACCGAAGAUCGUCAAGGACAGCGCUGUGGUGCUAUUCGAUUGA